AUGGCACAAGAAGUUGUAAAUUCAGAUGAGGUUGUUCUUGGAGAAGAAAUAGACCAUGUGAGGUUGAUCACCUUGAACAGGCCUCGUCAUUUGAAUGUCAUCUCAUCAAAAGUCGUUUCUUCGCUAGCAGAAUACUUGGGAAAGUGGGAAAAAGAUGAUAAAGCUAAGCUUGGAUCGGGUCGAGCUUUUUCAGCUGGUGGGGACUUGAAGAUGUUCUAUGAUGGCAGGAACUCAAAGGAUUCCUGCCUUGAAGUGGCUUACAGAAUGUAUUGGCUUGGCUAUCACAUUCAUACUUAUAAGAAAAACCCAGGUGGCUCUGGUCCAUGGAAUUUCAAUGGUUGGAGGCGCAUCUUUAAUGGUCCCAAUGAAGUUCUCGGUAGUCACAGAAAAAACUGUGAGUAUGAAUAUGAUCCUAGUGGGAUGUUUAUAGAAACAUGUCUAUCUUUAGUAUUUGCAUCUCCGGAAGCUAGUAUUGGCUUUCAUACUGAUUGUGGUUUCUCAUAUGUAUCCCAUCUUCCUGGGCAUCUCGGGGAGUUCUUUGCCUUAACAGGAGCAAGACUGAAUGGUAAGGAAUUGGUUGCAGCUGGAUUGGCAAACCAUUUUGUCCCUCUUGAGAAAUUAUCUGAUCUAGAGAAGCGUUUGAUAAGCUUAAACUCUGGAGAUGAGAAUGCAGUCAAAGCUGCGAUUGAAGAAUUUGCAGUGGAAGUCCAGCCCGAUGAAGAAAGUGUUUUAAACAAGCAGUCAAUAAUUGAUGAGUGCUUCUCCAAAGAUACAUCACAGGAUAAGGAAAGGUCUGAUACCAGCUGGUUAUGUCACUGUCAGGGUCGGAUUAGCUCUUGGAGAGUUGCGAAAGGAAAAUAA